CCUUUGAGUCCCAUUAUUAUUUGUUCCUGUCAUGGAAAUACACACUGUGAUUUCAUUAAUGUUUUCAAAUCUGUUUCAUGAAGAAUCAAUAUGAAAAAUUUCACAGAAAUCACCAUGUUUAUACUGAUGGGCUUCACAAACAAUUUUGAACUGCAGGUAAUCUUAUUUUUUGUAUUUCUAGCAAUCUAUCUCUUUACUCUAAUUGGGAAUUUAGGUCUGGUUGUAUUGGUCAUUGGGGACUCCCGGCUCCACAACCCCAUGUACUAUUUCCUGAGUGUAUUAUCAUUCUUGGAUGCCUGCUUUUCCUCAGUAAUUACCCCAAACAUGUUAGUAAAUUUUAUGUCAGUGAAUAAAGCCAUUUCAUUCCUUGGAUGUGCAACACAGAUGCUUCUCGCUGUCACUUGUGGGACCACAGAGUGCUUUCUUUUGGCAGCAAUGGCAUAUGAUCGCUACGUAGCCAUCUACAACCCACUUCUGUAUUCAGUUCACAUGUCACCCAGAGUCUAUGUGCCACUCAUCACUGCUUCAUUUGCUGGUGGUAUUCUGCAUGGCACUUUACACACUGUUGCAACUUUCAGCCUCUCCUUCUGUGCAUCCAAUGAAAUUAGACAUGUCUUUUGUGAUAUCCCCCCAAUUCUUGCCAUCUCCUGUUCUGACACUCACAUCAACCAACUUCUCCUCUUCUACUUUGUGGGUCUUAUUGAGACAGUCACCAUCUCGAUUGUCCUGGUUUCCUAUGGUUUCAUUUUGUUGGCCAUUCUGAGGAUUCAUUCUGCUGAGGGACGACAAAAAGUCUUCUCCACUUGUGGUGCUCACCUAACUGGAGUGUCCAUUUAUCAUGGGACAAUCCUCUUCAUGUAUGUGCGACCAAGUUCCAGCUACGCUUUGGACCAUGACAUGAUAGUGUCUACAUUUUACACCGUUUUGAUAACCAUGCUGAAUCCCAUCAUCUAUAGCUUGAGGAACAAAGAUGUAAAAGAAGCAAUGAAAAAAGUGUUUUCAAAAAAUUGGUUUCUCAAUAAAGUACAUUUUGAGCACUAA